UGGAGAUUCUUCAGAGUCUGGAGAGGCUCCUUUGCCUUUUCCAGUGCGCUCCCUCCUCCUCCUCCCUCCUGUUUGCCUGAGCAGAAGCGUCCCGCACAUUCGUGCCGCAAGUCCAUCCAGCACCGCUCCUACCCUUUCUCACAGAACAGAGGAAAUUAAAGGGUCAUUUAAAAAAAAAAAAAGAAAGAAAGAAAGAAAAGGGGGGAAACAGGAAAAGCAACACGGGGCAAGCAAUGCAAUCUUCUGAUCAUGCCUCAUUGCGCGUGAGAGCGAAGCAGGAUGAAUUUGAUCUCCCCCGGACUCUUGGCGUACUUCUCCUGUCUGGGAUUGUACCUGUUGGUGUUGCAGAGUCUGAUAGAACCGGGCCACUCGCACCCGCAGCCGUGCCGGAUCCUGGCACGGGUCGGGCACACGGUGCGCCUCGGGGUGCUCCUGCCCUCCCGGCGGCCCGUGCGGGUGCGAGCCGCCCUGGACCGCGCGCUCAGUGCCAUGGCGGACAGCGGCACCCGCUUUCUGCCCUACAACCUGAGUCUGGACGUGGUAGCGCGGAAGCCGGACGAUGGAGACCCCGAGUCGAUCUUUCGGUGCGUGUGUCAGUCCAUAGUGGUGCAGGGGGUCUCCGCGGUGCUCGCCUUCCCCCAGAGCCAGGACGAACUCGUGCAGGUGGAAUUUAUCUCGUCGUUUUUGGAAAUCCCAUUCGUGAGCAUCAUCGAGCACGGAGAGCCACUGAAAACUGAGAACCGCUUUCAUCUGCAAAUGAUGACCCGGAUUCCAGCAUCAGGCCUGGCUGAGGUGCUGUCUGCUGUGCUGCAGAGGAAUGGCUGGCAUGAGGGAAUGGCCGUACUGUGCCAGGGCUGGGAAGAAGCUGGUCUUCUAGAGCUCCUGAAACUGCAUAGCCACACAGACAGCGGUGGUUCUCGCUGGCACCUCCGUGCUGCCCUCAACCUCUCGGACAGCUCACUUGACCAGAACGGCAUUUCGGAGUUUCUGAAGCAGCACUUUAGCCAGGACGAACCUCCUCCAGCCUCAGUGCUGCUUCUCGGGGCAGAUCCACAGUGCGUUUCCACCGUCCUCCGCAGUGCCCAUGACCUGGGCCUAACUUUGCCUACCAUGCACUGGAUUAUGGGAUACCCGUUAGGUCUGGAUGCAUUGCACUCAAUAGGUUUGCCACUUGGGCUGCUAGCCUAUGGUGAGGUUGACCAGAAGCCUCUGGAUUUCUACAUACAUGACACUCUGCAGCUGGUCAGCCAAGCAAUUUCUGCUGCCACAAUGGUACGGCCAGAUCUGGCACUUAUCCAGAACAUGGUGAAUUGUUUUGAUAAACCCAACAAGCAUGAGCUACCUUCUUCUGGACAGUACAUUUCCAGGUUCCUGUCAAAAACAUCCUUUGUAGGACUGACUGGUGCAAUCAGUGUUCAGCGCAAUAUAUCACGUGUACUUACCUCUCAACGCGCGCACAUUUGGAGGCUGAGACGAGAUGCCGUCGGCCAGCCCACCUGGGUGACAGUGGGCAGCUGGGAGGGCACCCGGCUCGAUGUUGAAGAGCGGGCUCUGUGGCAGGGCACUUUCCUGAGACAACGUGCAGAGGCACAAAAAAGACACGAGGGCAGCCGCUGGAGGUCGGGCUUUCCCGUGUCCGGGAGCCGUCUGCGUGUAGUCACCCUGGUGGAGCACCCGUUUGUGUUCACGAGAGAAGUGGACGAGGAUGGAAACUGCCCAGCCGGGCAGUACUGCCUGGACGCGGGCACCAACGGUUCAGAGAUUCUGGAUCGUUUUUUUGCCAUCCGGGCACAAGGAAACAACACUUUAAUUCCUGCAGAUUACAACAAGUGCUGCUAUGGAUACUGCAUCGAUCUGCUAGAAAAGCUGGCUGAGGAUUUAAAUUUUGAAUUCGACCUGUACAUCGUGGGAGAUGGAAAGUAUGGCGCGUGGAAAGGGGGGCGAUGGACGGGGCUGGUUGGGGACCUGCUACAUGGCGUGGCCGAUAUGGCCGUCACCAGCUUCAGCAUCAACUCGGCACGCAGCAAAGUUAUGGAUUUCACCAGUCCGUUCUUCUCCACCAGCUUAGGGAUUCUGGUGCGCAGCAAGGACACAGCAGCGCCCAUCGGAGCCUUCAUGUGGCCACUUCACUGGUCCAUGUGGGUGGGCAUCUUCGUGGCGCUGCACAUUACGGCGCUCUUCCUCACUUUCUACGAGUGGAAAAGCCCCUUUGGCAUGACUCCACAUGGGCGCAAUCGAAUUAAGGUCUUCUCCUACUCCUCAGCCCUUAACCUGUGCUACGCUAUUCUGUUUGGACGCACAGUCUCAAGUAAGACGCCCAAGUGCUGGACUGGACGAUUCCUCAUGAACCUCUGGGCCAUCUUUUGCUUGUUGGUUUUGUCCAGUUACACGGCAAAUCUUGCUGCAGUCAUGGUUGGGGAAAAGACCUUUGAAGAGCUUUCAGGCAUUCACGAUGCCAAACUCCAUCACCCAUCCCAUGGAUUUCGUUUUGGCACUGUACGGGAGAGCAGUGCUGAGGAUUACAUGAAGAAAAGUUUUCCUGAAAUGCAUGAGUACAUGAGGAGAUUUAAUGAGCCGACCACGCCCGAUGGUGUUGCAACUCUCAAGACAGAUCCCCCUAAGCUUGAUGCUUUCAUUAUGGACAAAGCACUUCUGGACUAUGAAGUGUCCAUUGAUGCAGACUGUAAACUGCUGACUGUCGGAAAGCCGUUCGCUAUUGAAGGGUAUGGAAUCGGGCUGCCCCAGAACUCGCCUCUCACCUCCAACAUUUCAGAAUUCAUCAGUCGCUACAAGUCAGAUGGCUACAUGGACAUGCUGCACGACAAGUGGUACAAGGUGGUGCCAUGUGGGAAAAGAGUCUUCGCCAUGACAGAGACAUUGCAGAUGGGCAUCCGCCAUUUCUCAGGACUGUUUGUGCUGCUGUGUUUGGGUGUAGCUGGGGCGUUACUUACUCUUGCCGGUGAACAUGCCUUCUAUCACUUUGUGCUGCCUCAUAUCCGCCGCCGGCAGAAAUUCAAAUACUGGCUCCACACCAGCCAGAAAAUCCACAGAGCACUGAACAUGACUUACGAGGAUGUGAAGCGACAGAAGGCUAAUACUGAAAAAAGCUGUAAUAUUCAGAAGUCCCAGCCUGCACAGCCUCCUCCUCCUCCUCCACCGGGAUCCUUCGCCAAGUGGAACAAUGAGAACAACCAAGCAGUCAAAGAGAUUAAGGACAACAAGAGGGUUCACUUUAACCUGGAGACCCUGAAUACCCGCCGCCUCCUUGCUCGCGUUGUAGCAGAGGCGGGUCAGGGCACUUCCGGAUCUGGAGCAGGAUCUAAUUCUGGAUCAGGCUCUGGGUCAGGUUUUGGGUCUGAAUCUGCAUCGGGUUUAAGUCUGCUAUCACGGGUGUGUGCAAACGGAGGGCCGGUGCCUCUCCGGCCCACGACGCCUCUUCCUUCCUCCUCUCCUCCAGUCGGUUUAACGAACCCUCCCAGGGAAGGAGAACUCGAGGAGCUGCAGGAGAAAAUCGAGGAGAUCCGAGGGCAACUAAGGGAUGCGCUGGCCCGUCGUGCUCAGCUUCAGACUGCACUCACCAAAGAACACGCAGCCGCUGUGACAACGUUGACCACAGAGGGCCCACCCACAGUCACCGCCACCAUUUGUCGCUCUCUAGUCAAAGACCUGGAGGGGAAAAGGUGAUGCUGUCACUUUUUUAAUGGAUGUAAAGUUUACACAGGAGGGAUGAUGCAACAAAGCUUCCAGUUUUGUAUGUUUUCAAUCUGAGAUUUCAUGUCUACGUUGUUCAUGUCUGAGAGCUUCUGCUCAUUUCAUACUGAGGCACCAUCAAGCCUUGGCGCCGAUCUGCCAACAUAAAGCACCCUAUAAAGAAAUAUAGUCAUGCAGGGCAUUUGGAUAUGAGGCAGGGUAUCUCAGCAUGGCUUUGUUUUAUCUCCUCCAGCGUGGAGUUUGCAGUGGAUUAUAUUUCUACAGUUCAAGAAGACCAUACACCCUUAUUUGCAAAUUUGUUUUAAUGUUUUACAGGAGAACUGGUUUGGGAUUUCAAAUUUUGACCAAUAUUAAGAAUCUGUGGCCAGAGUUGAGUGGUUUUAAAUGUAUUGUUUAGUUAUGCAGUGUUGAAAUGAAAUGAUAACACUAAAAAGCCUGGAUGUUUUUUUUCUGUUUUUUAAAUAAAGUUGAAUCUAACAACUG